GUGCGAUGAUAAGAGGUGGCUUAUAUGCUGCAAAUUGCCACCACCCACAGACUCCGAUGGCGGCCACAGCGGAUGUUUGGGCUUGACCAAAUUUGCCAGUGAAGUGUCCCCACAGUGAGGAAGUUCUCCAACACCAGAACACACACGUCUCUCCUUUCUUCUCCUAACAUUUUCUCCCUCACGCCACCACCGUUAUCUACCACAUCGCCACCAUUGAGCCAUUGUGAAUCCGGGUUGCACGGAUUAUCAAGUAGACCAUUCCACCUGUCACCAUGUUGUCAAGACGCCUUGCUACUGCCGUGCGCAUGGCACCUAUGUGCCAGCUGCGUCCUCGCGCCGGCCACCCCAUGGUUAUGCUCCCAUCGAUGAUGCAGACUGUCCGCAACUACGCCGAAAAGGUUGUCCAGGUGCCCCAGAUGGCCGAAUCGAUCUCGGAAGGUACCCUGAAACAAUUCACCAAGAGCAUUGGCGACUACGUCGAGCAAGACGAAGAAAUCGCGACUAUCGAAACCGACAAGAUUGAUGUCGCCGUCAACGCCCCUGAAGCCGGUACCAUCAAGGAAUUCCUCGUUAGCGAGGAAGACACCGUUACUGUUGGCCAGGACUUGAUUCGCAUGGAGCUUGGUGGAGAGCCCGCUCCCAAGGAGACUGAAGCCAAGAAGAGCGAGGAGGCUAAGCAGCCCGAAUCGAAACCCGAAGCAAGCCAGCCGACAAGUACUCCCGAGCCUGCGCCCAAGAAAACCGAGACUGCCGCUCCUCAGCCAGUUGAGAAGAAGCAGGAGAACAAGCCUGCCCAGGCCCCUGCGGAGUCCUCCGCAUCGCAAACCCCUGGUGUCGGAAACAGAGAUGAGCGCAGAGUUAAAAUGAACCGCAUGCGUCUGAGAAUUGCCGAGCGCCUUAAGCAGUCACAGAACACUACCGCGUCUCUGACCACCUUCAACGAGGUUGACAUGACCAACAUCAUGGAAUUCAGAAGCCUCUACAAGGAGUCUAUUCUGAAGAAGACUGGCGUUAAGCUUGGCUUCAUGAGUGCUUUCGCCCGCGCCACCGCUCUCGCCAUGAGAGACAUUCCUGCCGUCAAUGCUUCCAUUGAAGGCCCCAACGGCGGUGACACUAUUGUCUACCGCGACUACGUUGAUAUCAGCGUUGCGGUGGCCACUGAGAAGGGCCUCGUGACACCUGUUGUCCGUAACGUUGAGUCCAUGGAUAUGAUUACCGUCGAGAAGUCUAUUGCCGACAUGGGCAAGAAGGCUAGAGAUGGCAAGCUCACCAUCGAGGAUAUGGCUGGUGGCACCUUCACCAUCAGCAACGGUGGUGUCUUUGGCUCCCUCAUGGGUACCCCUAUCAUCAACCACCCCCAAUCUGCAGUCUUGGGCAUGCACAGCAUUCAGCAGAGACCUGUUGCCAUCAAUGGCAAGGUUGAAAUCCGCCCUAUGAUGUACCUGGCUCUUACCUACGACCACCGUCUCUUGGACGGUAGAGAAGCUGUCCAGUUCCUUGUGAAGGUGAAGGAGUUCAUUGAGGACCCCCGCCGCAUGCUCCUCUAAGCCCCAUGACGGCCAGGCGGGAGAGAUGCGUUUAAUGUGUUUCUUGUAUAAUUAUAGAUCCAGCGAUGAAUUGGCAGUAUACUGACUGUCCUUGAGUCCUAUCGAGACAAGCUCUCCCCACGCAGACAUAGAACAGUCGAUGUCGUAGACGUGUACCGUUAUUAUAGUAAUUUUAGUUGGAAUUAAUGCAAUAUUUCAUUUGUGUUAUCGGCGGAACAACAAACGACUCUUGCUUAAAUCUGAACAUCUGUUUCUGG